AUGAAGCUGGACAUCUCGUGCUUCUGCUUCCUGUCGAAAAAUGAGUACCGAGUGCUGACGGCGAUAGAAAUGGGCAUGCGGAACCACGAGUACCUGCCCGUGUCGUUAAUAGCGAGCAUAGCGAAUUUGAGGAAGGAAGGCAUAAACAGUGUGUUGAAGAAGUUGCUCAAAAACAAGCUCAUCAGUCAUGAAAAUAAAAAGUACGAUGGAUAUAAGCUAACCUAUUUAGGGUAUGACUUCCUAGCCCUAAGAGCAUUUAUAAAUAGGGGCAUCCUAAAAAGUGUUGGCAAUCAAAUAGGAGUUGGAAAAGAAUCAGACAUCUACAUAUGUAAAGAUACGAACGGAAAUUUAUUGUGUUUAAAAAUCCACAGGUUAGGUAGAAUAUCAUUUAGAACAAUUAAAAAUAAUAGAGACUAUUAUGGAAAAAAAAAUUUUCGAAAUUGGUUGUAUUUGUCCAAAAUAGCUGCCACCAAGGAGUAUGCUUACUUAAAAGCCUUGUAUGAAAAUAACUUCCCAGUUCCGAAACCCUAUGACCUAAACAGACACAUGAUUCUCAUGUCGUAUGUAAAUGGAUACCCCCUAUCACAUGUAAAAAUUAGCAACCCCUUUAAGAUAAUCGAUAUUUUAAUAAACACUAUCAUUAAAUUUGCCAAGGCGAAUAUAAUUCAUGGAGACUUUAAUGAAUUUAACAUCCUCAUUGAUGAUGAUGAGAGAAUAACUGUUAUCGAUUUUCCGCAAAUUGUUUCUCUUCAACAUCCGAAUGCUAAGUUAUAUUUCGAUCGAGAUGUCAGAGGUGUCGUUAAUCACUUUUAUAGAAAGUAUAAAAUAAAAAUUGAAGAUUAUCCUUUUUAUGAAGAUGUCAUUUUGCUGAGUAGUGAGAAAAUUGUGGUGGAAGAAAAUUUAAUUUCCAGCAGUGAUGAGCAUGCCUUGAUGGACGUCCUGCAGAAUGAUGGGUCCGACUCGGUUUCCCCCUGCCCCGAGCAGCUCAAUUGUAGCGGUGGGAGCGGCGAAAGUGGCGUAGGUGACGAAGGUGACCAAAUUGACGAAAGUGGCGUGGGUGACCAAAGUGAUGGAAGCCAUCGUAGUGGAGAAAGGCACCUCAGUGAAGCAGACCGCCCAAGAACCGUUAGCGAGAGCACUCAGGGGGAAACCCCUCGCAGCGCAGGCACCCAGGGAGAGGACUCCUUCUCAUCUGAAGGGAAGUACAAAGACGCCUACGAGAACAACGCGGAAAGGGAGAAGUCAAGUGAAAAGCUGGAGAAAAGAUCGGACGGAUUGGAUGACAAUGGCAUGGAGAGUGCACAAGGGGUAGCAGCGGAUGAGCGGGGAAAUAAGAAGGAAGAGGAGGAGACCAAAUGCAGGGGAGGUAGUAGUAGUAGUAGCCCCGCGAAGGAUGAAGAAGCGCCUACAGAUGGGAAGUGCAGUCGUACGGAGGAGAAGACCCAGGAUGAGGGGGAGGACCGUCAUGAUGAUCCCCCCGUUCGCGGUGAGGAAGAGACGGGGGGGGAAAUCGGCUCGAGCGAACGGAACGAUCAGGUGAGUAGUGGCGCUUCAGAAAAGGGCGCACAGCAGGUGGACCGCUCGAAGGGCAUCAGCAGCGAGGCGAGCGGUGACGAAGCGAGCGGUGAUGAGGCCGGCGGUGACGAAGAAAGCGGUGAUGAGGCGAUCGGUGACGAAGCAAGCGGUGACGAGGCCGGCGGUGACGAAGAAAGCGAAUUGACGGCGUACUCCAGCUGCGACUCGGAGGGAUGCGUCUCCGCGAACUCCACCAAGAAGCUGUCCGAAACGUGGCAGCCCCAUAUAAAAAAGUACACCAAGGAAUACGCGAAGAGCAAGCUAAA